AUGUUGGUUCCACCAGCGAUACUGGCGCUUGUCGCAGCCGCUGUCUUUAUAACACUUCUUGCCGCACGAAUUCGCCGGCAGCUUUCCCUCGUUCCAAGUCCUCGGCUGGGCGGGCCCGUUCUAGGCAAUGCUACCGCAUACGCUACCGAUCCGGCCGCAGCAAUCCAGGCGGCCGAUGUGCAAUGCGGCCCGGUCUUCUCUAUCCAAAUGCUCUUUACACAGAACAUUUGGCUUCGCAGCAAUGUGCUAAAUAAGUUCUACGUAAAUGUUAAGGAGGAUGCUUGGUCAUUCGGCUGGGGCAUGAACCUCUUCCUCCACCCCGUUGUUGCGCCCGGCUACUGGGACCAUCUCAGAACCCUCGUCGGGUCCCUCAACCGCUGCAUCAACCGCUCCGAGGCGCUAGACUCCUACGCAGCCAUUGCACGUGAUGAAGCUGUGACCGGCUUCGCGCAGUGGGCUCAAACGAACGAUACCGCUCUCUUCGAAUCCGCAUCAGUCCUCGCUCAUAAGGUUAUCGUUAGAUGCCUGAUGGGCCCUGACUUCUACCACCACAACGUCUACGAGCUCUCCGACCUCCUCCAUAAGGUCGAGGCCGAUAUCGGCAGUAUAUUCAACUUUGUUCUGCCCCACUGGGUACCGCAUCCUGCCGCCAAACGGCUUUGGAAAGCCCGCGAUCGCAUGCAGGAUAUUUUCCGCGAACGCCUAAGGGAGCGAGCCUCCGACCCCAAUCGUUGGGCAGACUCGGAGGACUACGUUUCUCACACGCUCCGUGACAGACUGACAGUCCAUCUAACGGAAUUCUUCCCGGCACACCACACGCUGCUGAUGUUCGCUGCUCAUACAAGCACCGUAGCCAGUAUCUCCUGGACCAUCGCCGAGGCAUGUCUCCUGAAGCAAUGUCUCAUCAGAAGCCCUGAACGCCUUGCUAUCCUGCGGAAGGAGCUUCUCGAGUCUCCGAGUGUGCAUUCUUCACCGCUCUUGCAUGCAUGUCUCAAGGAGACGAGCCGCCAUUACUCAGGCAUCAACAUGCUUCGACUCGCACGGAGUCCGGUUACUAUUCCCGACUCAAACGUAGUCGUACCUGUCGGCGCUGUCGUCUCGAUAUCGCCAUACCUGACUCACCACGACGCUCGCAACUACUACCGUGCCACAGAGUGGUUUCCGGAGCGCUGGCUUGAAGGGGGCGAGCAGUUCAGACCGGCCAAGUCGGCAGAUGAGGUUACUUAUCUCGGCUUCGGAGCAGGUUCCCACCGAUGCCCCGGCGAGAAAAUGGCUGGAACCAUCGCACGAGAAGUUGUCGGGGAGCUGGUUCGGAACUAUGAUUUUGGUUGGGCUGCGAGCGGGCCGCCCAAAGACUUCGGAGCUUUAGACUUCACGAAGAUUGGUAGCCCGUGGCUCAAGGGCGACGCACAUGUCCGGAUAACGCCAAUAGCUAAACAGUAA